UUAUAAUGUCAGUGUCAUUGAAAAAACAUGGGAAGGUUGACCCUCCGCCUGCCUGCAGGUUGCCCAGAAAUUGGUAGCCAGCCUCCAGGAAGGUAGAGAUACACGGUAUUGGACUUGAUCCUCUCGGUAUUGGGCCUGACCGAAUCACUAUGCUGGAGAGUGGAGCUGAAUCCGGGUUGACGUAAGAGCCCCUUUCUACGCCUCUGCUGCGCUGUCGAGAGCUGCAACGCUGCUGGUCGCGAGCAUAAAAAAAAACAUGUUCCAAGCGUCUAGGAUUAGGCACAUUAUUCACGUGGUUAUUGACAACAAUUGACAUGUGGAUACUAUUGACACGAUAGUAACAUCGUUGACAACCUGCUUAAACAUGUACCACUCAGACCACAGUGUCAAUUUCCCUGACCUCUCCUUCAGCAUCCCAGGCCCUGGAGCCUUGGGUCUAGCAUCUAACCACUGAACCAACUCCCUGUCCGAUACCCCUCCACAUAUCCUAUACCCCAACCCCAGCACCCACACAGCCUUUCCCCCCGCCCCCUGUCUGAACCCGCAUACCCGUGGACACCCAGGGACCAUGGACAGCCCCCCCAAGCUGUCUGGCGAGACCCUGAUCGUUCAUCACAUCCCCCUGGUACACUGCCAGGUGACUGGGGGGCGGCAGAGCUGUGGUGGAGGAGGGGGCUCCCUGAAGAGAUCAAAACCCUUCAGCUACCCAGAGAACCUGGGCCUGAGCCGCACCACCUCCCUCCCUGAGCAGGAUGUACUCCAGAGGGAGGCGCUGGUCUACAGCAGCCUCAUCCAGACCUCUACAGGAGGAGGGAGAGGAGGAGGAGGAAAGGGAGAGGGAGGAGGAGGAGGGAGAGGAGGAAGCACGGGCAGCGAUGAUUCGUCGGUGACGUCCAGUAACUGGGAGGACCAGGUGAUGGUUAUGGUGGCCCACACUCUGCCCAGGGUGAAACCAAGGGAACAGGCCAACAACCCUCUCCGGCUCCGCCACAACCCCUUUCUGCUCAACACGGAGGAGGAUGAUGAUGAUGAGGAGGAAGAGGAGGAAGAGGAUGGUGAUAACCUGAAUGGUUACUUGGAAGACUCCUCCUUUCAUCUCCAUGGCGAUACAAACUCCGCCCUGGACGAGGAGGGAGACGGGGUUGCACCCUUUCACCUCCACGACCUGGGGUCUACCACACACAAGCCCUUCCUGUUGCACAGCACCCUGGGUAAGCACUCUUGGGGCUGCUCAGGGAGGCGGGACUCCCUCAGGGGCGUGGCCUCUGAUCUCUCCACCCACCUGGAGGGCCUAGACCUGCUGGGAUUGGACAGUCCACGUCGCCACGGCAGCAGCGGCUCCACCCUCUCCAUGGACUGCGGAGAGCAAGAGUGGGGCGAGGAUGAGGAGGAGGAGGAAGAGGAUCACCCAAUGAGGGGUGGGGGACAGGGCAGUAGCCAAGCUGACUCCUCUUCUGGCUCUGGCCCUGCCCACCAACGCUGCUCCUGCUGCGGCCUCUCCCAGACGUAUCUUGAACACUUCCCGGAACCGUUUUCAGAGUCGUCGGAAUGCCAGCUGGGCUACGGCAGCGACUCGUCGUGUAACAGCUCGGACGGCGUGCUGGUUAACUUCAGCGCCAUCUAUAAUAAAAUGAACAACAGCAUCCCGGCGACCUCUUCCAAGCCGCCACCUCUGGCCACCACGACUACCAACCUCAACAGCUCCACCGACCAAUCUUGUACCUCCUCUGUCUGCAUCUGCGCGGUGCUGGAUGAGGAGACAGGGAGCCGAAGAGGCUCCGGAGGUGGGGGGGCUUUCUACCUAGACCUGCACACCUCCCCCACUGAGCCCCCCCAACACCACACUCAACAAACCCCCUGCCCCUCCAACAAUACCCUGCCGUUACUCUUCGAACCCCACUCUCACCCUCACCCCACCACCUCCUCCUGCACCUGCUCAGCUGAACACCAGGGGGCUCUAGACCUGGACGCCAACUGCAACUCCUACCAGCCCCCCCACCACUCCGACUCAGGAAGUGACCUCAUGUCCUGUCUGCAGAGCCAGGCGCGUCUGGUGGUAACCACCCAGAACUACUACAAGCUGGUGACCUGUGACCUUUCGUCUCCGUCACCCCCGAGCCCCGCGGGAAGCUCCGCGUCGGUUACCAGCUGCUCUGACGAGCACAGCAAGGAUAGCCCCGCCCCUGACACGCCCACCGCCACCCAGCCAACCGAAUACUACCUGUUCAGACGGCCGCCGGGGGGAAAGGAGGAGGUAGAGGAGGAGGAAGAGGAGGAGGAGGAAGAAGAGGGUGAGGGAGAGUCAUCACGGCGUGAUGAAGAUGAGGAAGACAAUGAUGAAGAUGAGGAGGAGGAGAGGAAGAAUAGGAAGCAGCAGCAGCAGCAGAUGGGUGGAGCCUGUUCAGACCCAAUCAUUGAGGGCCAGGUGUACGUCAACAUCUCCCCUCCUGUGGUUGGCCGAGGACCCAUCGGAGGUGGGCCCACCCGCCCCCGUUCCCGUAGCUACGACCAGAACCUGGACAUGUCCCCGCCCCCUCGGCUCGGCUCAUUGGAGCGCAUGCUGAGCUGCCCUGUCCGUCUCAGUGAGGGCACAGCCCCCCUGGGCCCGCCCCCUCUGCCACGGGUCACUUCCUUUGCAGAGAUCGCCAGGAGUAAGAGGAGAAACGGAGGAAGCACUGGCUCUCCUUCUCUCAAGAUGGGGGGGUGUACAGAUCCCUUCUCACCCACCCACUCGGCCCACUCCCACUCCUCGGCCGACUUCUCCCCCAUCUUGGAGGGCCAGGGUCAGGGUCAGGGUCAGAGCCACAGUCUGCCCUUCCAGCACUGCGAUAGCCAGGGCAGCGUGGACCACCACUCACCUGGUGGUGGCGCUAGAGAGUCACGCUCCAAGGCCAAAGGUGGUCUCUCCAGCUCUUCAUCCAGCUCAGCCGUGGUGCGUUACACUAAAGACCAGCGUCCCACCACCCUCCCCAUUCAACCCUUCACCUUCCACCACCAGUUCUCCAAGCCGCCCCAGCCCCUGCUUCCCCUGCUGACAGGCUACGUCUCUGGGAUGCAGGUCCGGGGUGGAGGGCCUUCAGGAGGUCUGGAGGGGGGUGAAGGCGCAGACGACCCAGGGGAAGACUCAAUGCGUUGGUGCCAGGGUAGUGGUGGUGGUGGUGGGAUGGUGUCAGCAGUGCCUCCCCUUGGUCCCGGCUCGGUCCGGCCCUCGCCACUGGGUAGCUAUUCCCCUGUCCGCCUCCAGGGGGCAACAUCCAGCUCAGGGAGCUGUUCUACUUGCACCCCCAGCCCCCAGCCGCCUCGUAGCCUCUCCUGCCCCCUCUCCGCCGGGCUCCUGCCCCUCCACCAUACACCUCCACCAGCAGCACCACCGGCGGUUGCCCCUCUGCCACCCACAACUCCACCCCCGAUGUUAGGGGUGAAGCGGGGUGCGGUGCCCCCCAUGUUGCCUCUGGUGCAGGGCCAGGUGCAGGGCCAGGUUCAAGGCCAGGUGCAGGGUCAGUGUCACCACCACCACCACCGUGGGGCCCUGCCCACCCUACCAGCCAUGCCCCAGGACAGUGAGACUUCACUGGGAUACGAGGAGACGUCAGACUCCUUGGAGGGGAGCAGAGGACCAGGGACCAGGACACAACAUGGGCACCACCUCUCUCCACAGACUCUGAAAUGGAGGGAGUAUCGUCGAAAGAACCCCUUAGGGGUGGAGAGGUGUUCCUCGGGGGGCUCUGCAGGGUCGGGUGUACCGCCUCUAACAGGCAGUCUGGACGGGAACAGUCGUAGGGGCGGGGCCGGGGGUCAGCGAAUCACACGACGGAACGUGUUUGACUUCCCUCCAGCCUCUAGUGGCUACGCCCUGGGACGACUCAAUGGCCAGUCUGUGAAGCAGCUGCAGCAGUACUACAGUGACUUCCUGCCAGACUACUUCUCCCUGACCGAGCAUCCUCCAGAAGAGUUCUGUCUCUCUCCGGACGCCUCCUCUUCCUCAUCGUCCUCCUCUUCCUCACAAUCCCAUAUCUCUGUGGACCUGAAGCAGAAGAGAGGUUUAGUCAAAGCCAUUAAUACAGCGGUAGAUUUAAUCGUGGCUCAUUUUGGCACCAGUCGGGACCCUGAUGUGAAGGCGAAGCUGGGUAACAGUUGGGUGAGUCCCAACGUGGGCCACCUGAUCCUGAAGUACCUGUGUCCGGCUUUAAGGGAGGUGCUGGGGGAUGGGCUGAAGGCCUACGUCCUGGACCUGAUCAUCGGACAGAGACGCAACCAGCCGUGGAGCCUGGUGGAGGCCUCCACACAACUAGGCCCGUCCACCCGUGUUCUCCACAGCCUGUUCUGCAAGGUGUCCCAGUACUCAGAGUUCACCAGCCACAGCAUGAGACUCAACGCAUUCAUCUUCGGACUGCUCAACUUGCGAUCUUUGGAGUUUUGGUUCAAUCACCUCUACACUCAUGAAGACAUCGUAGCGACCCAUUACCACCCGUGGGGUUUCCUGCCGUUGUCCCAGAGGCCCUGCCAGCCUCUAUUCGAGGAGUUCCUUCUCCUCCUGCAGCCUCUAUCCCUGUUGCCCUUUGACCUUGACCUGCUCUUUGAGCCCCGAUUGGUCCAGAAGGGCCAGGAACAGCUUAGACGCAAGGAGCAGCUCUGCUCCUCCUCCACCGGUGAGGACCUGGACCAAUCAGCACGCUCCACCUUCCAGCUGAUGAGGGAGUGGAGCACAGAGUCACGGAGGGCAGCGUCUACGAGAGAAGGGGCGGAGGAUAAAAGGGAAGGGGCGGGGCUGAGACGAGAGGGAACGUGGUCUAGGAUGGAAGGGGUUGGAGAGAGAGGGAGUAGAGAAGGGAUGAUGCAGAGGACAGGGUCGAGGAGAGAGGGGGCAGGGAUGGAAGGGGUUGGAGAGAGAGGGAGUAGAGAAGGGAUGAUGCAGAGGACAGGGUCGAGGAGAGAGGGGGCAGGGAUGGAUCAUUUAGGAGCAGGGCUUUUAGAAGCACAGCCAAUGUCGACGGAAGUAGGGACAGGGUUUGCCAAUCUGUGGAGGGAGAGUGGGAGGGGGAGAGGCAUGGUAAAGAGAGCGAAGGGGGUGGGAGGAGAGAGCCAGAUGGAAGGGGAAAGGGAGGGAGGGAAGGAGGAGGGUCGUCAGCGGCAGGAGCGUGAUCGCCAGGCGGGCUGGUGGUACCAGCUCAUGCAGAGCUCCCAGGUCUACAUCGACCAAUCAGCUCAGGGCGGCUCAAAGUUCGUCAAGAGCGAGAAGAGGAAGAAGUCUGCGGAGAGGCGGAGCCAGCUCCCUCCCCCCAGGGAGGGCGUGGUGGAAGGGGCGGAGUCUAGCCAGGAAGAGGAGGGUCUCAGAGAGAGGGGGAUAAGCAGGAAGAGCAGCUCCAGCUCCAGUGGUGAGUGGACAGGGUCCAGGGGAAGAGGAAGACUCUCCUGGAUGGGGAGUCCCCCAGAGUCGCUGCUCACCCAGGACAAGGAGAACGAGAAGGAACCAGGGCCCUCAGUGUCCCAGCUAGCGGCCCAGGCUGAAUGUCCCUCCCAGGGCCAGGGCAUGCGUUGGGGAAGGCUGUUUGGGUCCAGUGUAGGUGGUGGUGGCUCCCCCUCCAGGCCAGAGCAGAGAUCAGUCAAAAGCCAGAGCAGGCUGCCGUCCGGCUGGCUGACAGGUCUGGACAUGUCCAUGCUGGACCUCGUAGCUCAGACGGUGGGGGCGGGGACAGUUAAGAGGGUGGAGCCUUCAGCUCCUACGGCCCCUCCCACUCUGAACCAACCCUCUCCACAUCUUCAGACAACACAGGAGAGCCACACCAAACAGCCCUGUGAAGUGCGUGCCCUGUGCCACCACAUAGCCACGGAGUCUGACCAGCUGAGUUUCCAGAAAGGGGACGUACUGAGGGUCCUGAGCCGGGCCGACUCCGACUGGCUCCUCUGCUCCUUGGGGGCCCAGCGGGGCCUGGUGCCUUUCAUCUAUGUUACCCUGAGGGGCCUGGAGGACAACUAGGCCCCCCCCAAGGGCCUCAGGGGCCACACUGACCUGACAGACUCAACUAGGGUUCCAAAAUUCUGUUUUUCCAGAAAUCCCUGUUGGGAGAUUCCCGGAAUCAAAAGGGAAUAAGGAGGAAGUCUGUUUAUCCUCCAACCACGAUUUCUGGAAAACCUAGGGAUUUUGGGAAAGUUACCAGAACUUUGCAACCCUAGCCUGAACCCAGGGGCCACAGUAAGGAUGAGGGUGGAAGGUGAAAGGGAGUGUGGGGAAAAUAAGAAAAGAGUUAGAGAGCCAAAUAUGGACAAACAGUAGAUACUCACUGGAUGGAUACAAGACGAUGGAUACUCAUGGAGGGGAGACUUUGAUAUGACUGAUAUGACUGGUUUAAAGUGUAAUUAUUGUACUGUGGGAUGAAGUACGAAACACACACAUACACACACACAUACACACACACACACACACACAAAGACACAGAUGUAAACAUGCAUGUACAUAUACAUAUACAGGCACGAACAAACAGACUUCUCUAUGCAUGCAUCUACACUAAACUCAUGCACACACACACACACACACACACACACACACUCACACACACACACACACACACACAAACCAAAC